AUGACCUUGACCAAGGCGCUUUACCGUGAGUUGGUGGGGACUGCAAAGGUUUUAGACACUCAUGCUUCAUUACGUACGCUAAUAACAAUGGAUUUGCACGAGUCUUCAUAUGUCUCAGGCUCUAGAUCACUUUUGCCACACGUGGAAGCUUUCAAUCGGUGUUUAGUGCGAUAUCUUGGUGGUCGACACUUUUAUUUACCAGAUUCUCAACGACCUACGCUGCUUCAGUUCGUGCGCAAAGAGUUUCGCAAGCCUCGAAAGUAUCCUGUGGAUUCAGAUGGACUAGAUACGGCGUUUGUGGCGCUUCGAGCACUGAAUAAUACGCUGGCGGAGACGAAAGACCUUGAACUACCGCCCAAGAUGAAACUCGAGACUUGGACGCUUGAGGACGUGCAAUUAGCAGAGAAUGCGACGUCAGGGGUGUUUUUAGUAGCUCAUCCACUGCUGGAAGGAGUUUUCAGUCGGUCGGUGGUGAUUGUGACAGAGCAUAGUGCAGAAGGGUCGAAGGGAUUCAUUGUGAAUAAGGUACUGAAGAAACCAUUGAGACGAGUGUUUCAGGUGCCGUCACGAGUGAUGCGAGCUUUUGGAACAAGCACGGUACGCAAGGGUGGCCCAGUGUUGUCGAAGAAUGCUCAGGUGCUGCAUGGCAAAGCAGAGUUUGGAGGACACCGUGUACAGACGACCAAUUUUCCUUGUGCUAGUGAUCCGAGUCUUUUUGUUGGUAUUGAUCUUGAUACGGCUGCAAGGGCAAUUUACGAUGGAACUGCAAAGCAAACAGACGUCGUGUUUAUGCGCGGCAUGUCGGCUUGGUCACCUGGUCAGUUGGAUACUGAAGUGAAACAGGGUUCAUGGGUGCCUAUGAAAGCACCGGUGUCCCUUGCACUCAAUGCAUCGACAGAAUUGUGGCAGGAUAUGAUGCGAACGAUUGGUGGAGAAUACGCAGAAAUGAGUAAUAUGCCCACAAUGGAAGUAGACGAGUAA